CGUGUAAGGAAUGUAAAUGUAUGAAAUGGAAUGAUCCCCAUCCGGACAGUAAUGAAGGACACCACCUGGGCAGGAGGUGUACAAGGUGUAAGGAUAGUGGUAGUAGUAGUAGUGCACAGUGUAGCUGUACUGCUGGUACUGGUGUCACGCAGUGUAGUGGCACAGAGUGUAAAUGCGCUUUAGCAGGCAAAUGCUGCAAGUGUUGUUGUACGAAUUGUAAGGGGAAGUGUAAGCAGGAGAAGGAUAGGGAGUGUAGUUGUGAUAAGAACAGCUAUAGGUCAGCAUACACCAAGACUAUAAAAAAAUACAGUUACGUAGAAGAAGUCAUCCAGGAUGAACUACCAACAUGGAAACAUUUGACAGAUGCCCCUACUGGAACCACUACCGACGGCACAGCUAGUCAACGCCGUCACCAAGGUGCCCAAAUUCUCCUAGGGUCAGUAUGUCUCAUCUGGAGUGGCAUUACUUAUAUGUAUUGGACGGGCAAGUACCAUAAAAGUAGUCCCCGCUGGAAUAAUCACAUCCUGGACGGCAGUGGUCUAGAUGAUGGUACACUGUCCCAAUGGCUACAGGCCCUAGGGUUCCCUAGGAAAAUGUUGAAUAACCAUGGUCCUGGAAAUAGAUGGGAUGCUAUUAUAUGGGAUGGACUUAUGGGUAUGUUAUAUUUGGGAUUCCCGGAAACUGGUAAUGGUGGUAAUGCCCAUGGCCAUGACCAAAAUGAUAAUACAUUCAGAAAUCCGGCUGGUAUGAACUAUGCUGGAUAUUUACAUACCGUAGACAGGGGUGCAUUUUGCAGCAAGGCUACUGUAUUCCAUAAGAAUGGCUCCACAAUUACUGAAGAAAACAUACACAAAUGUGGCGCCCUGUACAAGCUCUACAUUCUAUCAUGUGCUUACUUUACUGGAUUGCAGAACAAAGCUCCGCCGAAGGCGGACAAUAAAACUCCCCGUACUAUCCGCGAGAUUCUAUACUGGCUUAGUGCAUUGCCCUAUAGUCCGGCAUAUAAGGGACUAUUGGAGCAUGGUAAGGAUAAACUCCAGGGUGUGGCGCCAGUUGUUGGAGACAAAAAACAGCUUUCGUUCUACCAAACAGGUCUUAAACAUCCCAUUACCGUUGAUGAAUACAACCUAUUUGCCCACUUCCAAGCAGUGACCCAGUAUUGUCCACUGGUACUCAUAGGUAUCCAGGGUGGUCUCAAAGGCACUGACAAAACACUAGAACCUGCCAUUCACGCCCUCUACGCCAACACGGAAUGCAACUUCACAUAUCCAGGAGUACCCAUCCAAGCAUACAACCAAGUGGUACACUACAUUAGGGCUCUGUUCUACCAGUUGUAUUUCCUUAGGAAGCAAUGUGCCGUCAAAGUCACUUGUGGAGGGAAAUGGCGUGAGUGUAGGUAUGGGGAUGGAGUAGUGUCCAAGGGGGUAAUCAGCUGGAUGUGCCUGGGGUGUGACCCCAUGGAACAUGAUAGGAAAAAGAGGGUAGGGAAGGUAAAGGGGGAAUUGAGAAAAGUAGUGUCCCAGGGGGGAUCAGGAAAUCUCCCGGGGGCACUAAAGGAUUUACUUCAGAAGAUUGGUGAUGUAGUGGUACAAUUGGGUAAUGCCCAGGAGGCAUUGGAAGGGAAGGAGAAGAAGGCUAUAGAGGGGGUGAAGGAAGAACUAAGGAAGGCUAAGCAGGCACUGGAGGGGGCUAAGAAUGGGCUGGAUACGAAACUAGGGGAGGCUAAGAAGGCACUAGAGAAGCUGACGACGAAUGGUGGUGGUGAUAGUGGAGCACUACAUACACUAGCGAAUGGUGGUAAUACUGCUGGGUCAUUACAUCAGGUAGCAACUGCUUCAAAGGAGUACGACAAAGACUAUAGUAGUGGCAAGGACAGGAUAAGUGCUGCUAUCAAUGGAAUACUCCAAGCAUUGGAGCUAAUAAAGGGCUGGGCAAAAGGUGAAAUAGAAAAACAAAAGACUGCGAAAGAAAAUAUGAAAGUCGUAUUAAGGCUAGAGAUACCACAGGAGUACACCAAACUCCUCAAUGCCAUUAACCAGCUCAUCUCCAUCUGCACCUCUCCCAAGUGCAGCGCAUGUGCAAAGCACAGCGACAAGUGUGGCCAACAGCCAGUUCCCAGACAGUGCCCUACCUGCCACCAACAGUACAUGGACGGCACUCCAUCACCCCUCCAGGCAUUCCUCGAGGACAGGUUGCCAGGUUUUAGUUGUCAAGAGAUCCUGUACACUGAGGACGCCGACAAGUACCCACCUGCUGCAUCCCACCUAGGACACUGUGGUGGUUCUGGCCAAUGCUGCCCAUUGCCAAUGGGUUUUAGAGGGAAUUUCCAGGAACGCGUUACCAAUACCGGCCAACACCAUCACCUUGAUAUCCUAUAGGGCACCAUGAGGUACUGUAU